AUGGAUCUGGUUACUGUUCAUCAAGGGUAUGCUAUUAGUACCGGUAAUUGGUGGAGAUUUUGGCUUACACUUUCACCAAAAGCCGAAGAUAAUGAUUUUAAUUUUAAUAAGGAAGUAUUUCGAGUGUAUCGAACAGCACAACCAAAUACGGUUCCAAUAUAUGCUUUCCAUUCUGAAAAAAAUGGUCUCAAACAUAACAUACUUCAACAGUCGCCAAAUAAUGACGAAUCUGGUCCUAAUUUUACUAAUGAUGGAAUUAUGUGUUAUGCAUUUAGUGGUCCACAUGAUGCACCAGGUUUAAUUCCAAUAUACCGAUUUUGGGCAGACGCAUCUUAUUAUAAUGACAUACCUGGCCGACGAUAUUUGCUUAGUCCUCAGAAAGAACCAGAAGAGGGUGCUGGAUGGGAAUUUGAUAAAGUAGCUUUUUAUGCUUUUCCACCAGCUGAGUGA